UCAGUAUAUAAGCCAAGUAGAAUAGCUGCUGCAGUACAAAGGGCGACUGGGACUUCAGGAGCUUGUACCAGUGUCGAGGGCGGACGGAGAGAGAGGGGAAACGGAUUCGGUCGACUCUUCCCGAUUGAAGGUCUGUCCCAUCUGCCUUCCAUGAGUGCAAGGUCUUCCCCCGCCUUCAGAUCUGAGCAGCGUUUUCGCCAGAACACCACCACCUCCUCUUCCUCUUUCGCAUCUGCCCCGACCGUGGGGGACCAGUGCAUGGAUAAAACCAGGGGUCUCUUCGGGGACGAGUUCGAGAAGUCCUCAAUCCUCCACGGCAGCUUCCUGAGGCCACGGAAUGAGCAGAAGGGAUUCACAGGUCGCCCAGGGAACAUGGGCAACGUGAAGACUCUGGGGGACAACUACCAAUUCACCGUGGAUGUGAGCGAUUUCUCACCCGAGGAUAUUAUCGUCACCACGUCCAACAAUCAGAUCGAAGUCCACGCGGAGAAGCUUGCCGCAGACGGGACGGUGAUGAACACGUUCACCCACAAGUGCCAGCUGCCGGACGACGUGGACCCCACCUCCUUGACCUCGGCCCUGGGCAACGACGGCAUGCUGACGGUCAAGGCCAAGCGGCACCCCGCCAAGCACACCGAGCACGUCCAGCAGACGUUCAGAACUGAGAUUAAGAUCUGAGGGGAAGGUAGACAAAAAUGCUGGAGAAACUCAGCGGGUGAGGCAGCACCUAUGGAGCGAAGGAAUAGGUGACCUUUCGGGUCGAGACCAGAGUGAGUCCCAUUGGAGGAGCAGCACCUCAUAUUUCGCUUGGGUAGUUUACGCCCCAGCGGUAUGAACAUUGACUUCUCCAAUUUCAGGUAGUCCCUACUUUCUCCCUCCUUCCCCUCCCCUCCCCAGCUCUCCCACAGCCCACUGUCUCUGCCUCUUCCUUUCUUCUUCCCGCCCCAUCCUUCC